AUGGUGUGGAGAGUGGUCUGGUGUUCGGUCUCUCGCUGACCAAGUGCCUGGAGAACGAGAGAAGCCGCAGCAGGGAGGCUGCAGAGAGAGCCGCAGCCGCAGCCGUGGCCGCAGCCGCCACCUCAGCGGCCAUGGCUGCGGCGGAGGAGGGAGAGCCGCCCCUCAGCCGCAAGUCCUCACAGGCUGGAUCUCACGCUUCCUUCUCCUCCCUCCUGGAAGGAACCAAGCAGUCAACGACAGGGUCUCUGGAAUCACUUAACCUGGAGAGGAAGCGACCGAGCCUUGUGGGCGGGGACCUGCUUCCUCCAGGACCACCCACUCCAGACCUUCUAAUGGUGGAGCCCAACCCACAGAUCCCCGGCCUGGUCAACAUGUGCUUCAAACACCUCGAAACCAAUGGCAUGCAUACCCUUGGCAUCUUCAGAGUAUCCUCUUCCAAGAAGAGGGUCAGGCAGCUGCGAGAGGAGUUCGACAGUGGCCGGGAGGUGUGGCUCAACGAGGACCACUGUCCACAUGACGUGGCAACCUUACUGAAGGAAUUCUUCAGGGACCUUCCGGAGCCCCUACUGACAAGGGAGCUUUAUGAGCCCUUCAUUAAGACACAAAAGAUCCGGAACCGCAAGUUACAGUUCGAGGCGCUACAGCACUUAAUACAGCUCAUGCCAGCAGCCAACCGUGAUACUCUUUACUCUCUUCUAAACUUCUUGGCGACUGUUGCUGAGAAUGCAGCCGACCAGCAGACUAGUACUGGAGAAAUUAUACAAGGGAACAAAAUGGACAGUAGUAAUUUGGCCACCCUCUUUGCCCCAAACAUACUUCACGCUGUUAAACCUGGCACAGAGUCCAUGUCCACCACAGAGAUGGCCAUACAUGCUGAAGAGCGAAUAGAAGUCAUCAAUGUUGUCAGGACUAUGAUUGAUCACAACAAAGAGCUCUUUGAGGUGUCAGCUGAGCUUCUUGAUGAAACCUAUCAACACCUGAUGGACACACAUCCUGAAGCCUUGGAUAUUCUAUUGCGGCGACGCUUUACAGGCCCUGAUGAUCGUGGCCAGCACCUCCAGGAGCUGUUAGCAAGCUUAUUGGCACCUCAUCGGCCUCAGAGCUGUCCCUCUACUGUGCAGGACCUGGAGGUGGACACAAGCAGCAGUGUGUUCGAGGGCAGUGAGUGUUCAUCGUCACUGCCUCGCUCUCCAACUGACGCCACUCACCACCAUGACUUUGAUCGGUCAGUUAUAUGGUUGCGCAUGAGCAUGGAGGAGAAUGAGGGUCUACAAAUGCGACGGCGAGAGGAAGUGGUCCAUGAGGGAGCUGCUGUCGUUGUUGUUGAGCAGUCCAGUAGAAGACAGCGCACUGAUGAAGAGGAGGAUGGCAGGGGUGCCUGGCAUGACAAGGCUCUCGGGGAGGCACCUGCAACUUCGGGCAGCGAGGAGCGAGGCUGGUUCAGAAAACGUGAUAAGAGCUCUUCACGUGAGCGGGACCGCACUAGUGAAGAGCGCCAAUCAGAAAAAUCUCGGUGGUUCAGGAAGAGAGAUAAGAGUUCACCUCGAGGCUCUGAAGACAGGAAUGUCCGACGUGAAGAGUGUGAGCGGCGACAGCGCGAAAAGGCAAAAAGCAGAGAAGCUUUAGCUACAGUAGCUGAUAGAAGACGAGAAGGGGACACAUUAGGAAAAGGUGGAAUAGUAUCAGUGGAGAAAGGGGAGAAAGUGGGGCCAGGAGUGUCAAGGGAGGGGGAAGAUGACUGGGUGGAACACUGCACAAAUGAACACACAAGUACUCAGGAACAAUUACGUGUUCCUGAACCCACAGUGCGCAGGUUAUCAUCGCCAGAAAUUGACAAUUCUGGAGUGAUAACUGCUUCUUUAUGUAUCCCAGUUCCCUUAGGUCAAGGGGGUCCUUUAUCCUUCACACAAGACACUGAAAUUCCAUAUAUUGAAGAUGAAGACAAAAAAAAUCGCCAUAGAUCUUCUCCAUAUAAAGCGAGUAGAUCUCCACGUAGCGACGUAACUCGUCAACGAUCGGGCAGCAGUGACUCUUACCUUGGGCAGCCCAUCACUGGCACUAUGAGCUUCCAGCCUCUCACCAAGAAGAGCGGGGAUAAACAGAGCCAUGACUCUGUGCUUUCAUCAUCCUCUGCUGAUGUAUUCACGUUGUCACCAUCUCCUCGUAACACUCCACUUUCUGAUCUUUAUGCUUCAGGCACAUCGUCUCCACUAAGUAGACCAGGCUCACCCCCUCAUUGGCUCAGUCCAGAUUCUGGAACACCAGGUCUCUCCCCUCCAAACUCUCCACCUCUACAACCAAAACGUAGAGGUGAUAUGCGGAACAAUCCUCUCUCACAUUCAGUCACUCAUACCUUUGGCUCAAAACCUCCAGCCACACCAUCAAAAACCAAAAUUUCCCCAGUGGUUGCUUCACAAGGUCUUUUUCCAAUAGGACGCUCUAAAACAGCAGACAGCAUUAAAGUGGAACUUAGCCAGAGCGUCACAAGAGUUAUCAGCCCUGAUUCUGGUGAAAGUGGGGCAGGUAGUCGGCGGAGUAGUCGAGGGGAAGAGGCAUCUCGUGAGAGCAGGGCACAAAAAGAGCCUGGAGGUCGUCGCUACAUUCGCCGAAGAUAUACAGGAGAGCGUCACGUGACUGGUCAUCUGCCUGACCUGAGUAGUGCAACUGCGAUUGAUGCUCAACCUUCUGGGGAAGGUCAGACUCAGCUCUGGAAGCGUUGGGAAAUCAUUGCAUCUGACCCAACAGAGCCAGAAACAUUUGUAUAGCCAUGGUGAAUCCCUAUGGCUUGUAGAGGUACAUAAAACUCACAGGUAAUGCAUCACUGCCUAUGCCACCCAUAGAUAUUACUCAGCUGAUGAAUCCUCAUUACCAUCUAGUCAUAUAUGAGUACAUUUUCCAGGGUGAUGGCGAGAUAAAUCUUUGCAGAAAAAAAUGGAAAAUGCACAUGGGGAAACAAAACAUAUAGAAUUACCAAUAUUCUACACAUAAUGUGCAGAACUUCCAGUGUUCUACACAUAACAGACAUCCAGGAACUGAUCUAGUCAUAAAUUUAGUGUGUGGAAAGUGAGUGUUGGCAGACUCUCAUGCAAAUCAUACUACUAGUAACAUCUGUGAGGGUCAGUGUAUAUACUGUAUGUGAGGAUAUUGUAGCCAUGUGCAGAUACAGUACUAUAUAUGUGCAAAUACUGUACUUAUGUGCCUACACUGUACUGCAGUGCACUUACUGUAAUUGUGUAAAAGUUUAAUAUUACAUUGUGAGAAGUGUCAAGUGACAUUAAUUGUCAGCUGUGAUGUUUGUCAAGAAAGUUGUCAAGUAUGUAAGUAACUUUUGUGAGAACUUUUAUAUAAAACAAAUGUACAAUACAAAGAACAAUAAUAUAUUUCUGAUGGUAA